AAUAACUAUAAAUCAGUGUAUUAACUGAAUCUAGGACGUAAUAUAACCUGAAAGAAUCUAGUUAAACGUUCUUUUGUUCAUUUUUAUGAGCUACAUCCACUACUCGUCAUCGAGCCAUUAAUUAGAAUUAUUACUAUACCUUCGUUCAUAUCUAUAUAUAAGCUAUUAUGUAAUCUGCUCAGUCGCUAUUCUUCUGGAUCGAUAUUAUAGGAUUCCUGGGCAUAGGAUGUUUGUUUUAUAAGAUGAUUAAUAUCAACGACCGUUUUGAUCAGCUUAAACAAAAUUUGCUUAAACUAAACAUAAAGAAGAAAAAAAAGAAACGUGUAGGGGAUACACGUAUGUAUUUAACUCAAUACUUGGCGCAUGUACUUCCAUUAGCCGGUCAGCGUAUUGUUCUGGCACCAAUAUAUCGCAGCUGUGUGGCAUAUCAAAGCGCAAAUCAAGCUCUUUACACUGCUUUGAAACUGUCACACGUUUCUCCCAUUAGCAUUUUAGGAGGAUUAUAUGACACUUUGGGUUUUAAGAAAUUAUGGAACCUAUCUCGUAUCCAUCUGUUGCCCGGCGCCAUCUUCCCUGGCGUUCUUAUGUUCACAAAGCAUAUGACCGGGUUUACAUUCUAUCCACAAUCUAAUAGAUUGUUAGAUAAAGGUUAUCUUGGGACCUUAAUGUUGUGCAAUUUCUCUCAUGUCUUCAGUUAUCCUUUCGACGUUGCUUACGGAAGAUUCGCCUCCUCCCUGACAACGGAAUUGUCGCUACGUAAAUAUUUCUACGAAACAUAUAAACUCCACGGCGUGGGACGUUUAUACAGCGGUUUCUCACUUUGCUUGGCCUCUACUGCAGUUCACCUCUAUGCUUCAUUAUCGCUAAACCAACAUUUGCAAGGGAAGCUGAAAGAGCGCCUUAGUCAUCAAAUCGAGAAGAGUCCCGUCUACCGGUCAACUAUUCGGCCUCUAGAGCCAUCAGAGCUGAAGCCCAUUGAAAUGUUCCCGUGGAACAUUAUUUUUGGUUCCACGGCAGCUUUUAUGGCACGUUCCAUAACAUAUCCGUUGGAUACACUUAGGAUUCGUUAUCAACAAGAAUCGUGGCAUCAUAAAGGCCGUACUACGUUUAAUUCCAUGGCUUCUUCCGUUUACAGAAAUAUUAGUGGCGGUAUCUUUAAGCUUUAUGCUGGUUACCCAGUUAGAUGUGCGUUGCUCAUCCCGGAAUGUCUAAUAUACGGCAUGAUACAUUACGCAGUUCUCCAAACUGCUGUCUAAUGAACAGAUUACUGCACUAU